GUUGGCAAUAAAACCAACUAAGGGUGCCACCCUGCCUGUCACAACAUUUCGUUUAUCACAUACACUUGACCCCAUUUUGACACUUUUAGGUUAUGUCACGUUUCAGCACAAUGGACCGAAAAAUUAAAAUAAAAACUCUAAAUCCUUACAUAACGUGCAAUAUCUGUAAAGGCUAUUUGAUCGACGCCACUGCCAUAACGGAAUGCCUUCAUACUUUUUGUAAGAGUUGCCUUAUUAAGCACCUGGAAGCCAACACAACUUGCCCCACUUGUGAUAUAGUGAUCCACCACUCGUACCCCCGUCAGUACAUUAAUUUUGACCGAACUAUGCAAGACAUUGUGUAUAAGUUGGUUCCGGGGCUGCAGGAGCGCGAAAUCGAGCGAGAGCAGGAGUUCUAUCGACUCAGAGGGAUACCGUGUCCGAAGGAGAUGCUGAUUUGUGACGACACUGCCGACAAGUCCCCCGAACCAGAGGACGAAGAGAAGGAGGAACUGAUUAAUUUAUGCCUAGAGUGUACUAUGAUUAAUCCCGUGCAACUGAAAAAUAUUUUUGUUAGAGUUCCUACGAAGACCACCGUUUUGUAUUUGAAGCGAUUUAUAGCGAGGAAGAUUUUCAAAGAUACACAGUCGUUGGAGAAUAUUGAUAUACUGUGUAAUUGUGAUGUUUUAGAUAUGGGUGAUACUAUGAAGUAUAUUUAUUUGACCAAGUGGAACAUUGAUGAGGUGCCUUUAGUGUUGAAAUGUCAGCCAAAGUUUACAGUUUGAUUUUUUCGUUUUUUGUUUUGUUUGUUAAUGUUAACUCAGGGAUUUAUAUUUAUCUUUGAAGAGUAUUUUAUUUGAUACUGGUUACUAUGUACCUUAUUAUUGAAGUAUUUGUGAUGGCAACUGACACCCUAAGUAUUACGAAAUUGUGUGUUUUAAGUGCUAAGAAGAGUAAUAAAUCUAGUCAAACGAU